AUGAACGACGCACGAAUAAAACAAAAGGAUCACCAAAUAACAACAUACAUACAAGUUAGAUUCAUUACGUCACAGGAAGUCAAACAGCGCAAGAUACUAUUAGCUGUUGCCUUGAAUCAAAGCGUUAAAUUAGUGACCGACUGCUGGAAAAUGUUAUUUUCAGUCACAGGGGAAAAUACAUCAAAACAGCUGCUGCUAAGUAUCAAGACACGACGUCAUGCUAAGACAAACCAAAACGACCACCCGUAUGAGCUUGAGAAUUUUGUCUCUUGCGUCAUCAAUAAUUAA